AGGAGUGGGUCACUGUUAGAAGAUAACAUCCGCGUUGACGGAAGAGAAAAAAAGAAGAAAAACGAAUCAAAGCAGCAGAAACAAUAUGAGGGGAGGAUGAUAAGAGUCUAAAUCGGCCACCAACAGCGCUGACGUCCAGUGUUGGCAGAUGCGAGCAGUUUCCUCCGGCUCUCAGCAUCCAAUUACAAUGGACGAGCUCCGGCUGUGUGGACUCUGAAGCGCUGCCCAGCCAGGAGCGAGAGGGGGGGAAAAAAGAGGAAACGGAGCGAGGGAGAGGGAGGGAAACAAUGCUCCGGCUCAUCCAUCUGCACUGAUCUGAAGUGGGAUUCAUCUUUUUUUUAAUUGUUUUGUCUUCUAAGUCUCCCGUGUGAGUGAGGAGACUGCUACCAGGAUCAAGUCCACGCACGCGGGGAAACGGUUUCUGUCCCAGAGGAUUGACAUUUAAACCACCAUGGUCCUCUUGUGGUUCUCCAGACUCCUAAUCAUCCUGGCCUGCAUCCCUCAUCUGUCUCUAGGAUGCCCCUCCGGCUGCCGCUGCUACAGUCUCACAGUGGAGUGCGGAUCUCUUGGGGUCAAAGAAAUCCCACAGGGUGUCCCAUCGGCCACAGAGACCAUCUUCCUUCAAGACAACUCUAUCGUGCAGAUCCGUCUUCAGGACCUGACUCGGCUGGGAAGCCUUCAUUACCUCUACCUCCAGAAUAACAGCAUCUCAGCUGUGGAGCCAGGCGCCUUCCUCAGCCAGGGCCAGCUGCUGGAGCUCGCCCUGAAUGGCAAUCUAAUCCACCUGGUCACAGCAGACAUGUUUCGGGGUCUGGAGCACCUUCGGAUCCUGUACCUCGCUGGAAACCAGAUCACCAGAGUGCAGGACUUCACCUUUAGAGGACUGCAGCGUCUGCAGGAACUCCACCUGCAGGAAAACAGCAUAGAGCUGCUGGCAGACAAAGCUCUGUCAGGUUUAUCAUCCCUGGCCCUGUUGGACCUGAGCAGAAAUCACCUCCGCACCCUGGGAGCCUUAUCCCUCAAACCACUCGUCAGCCUGCAGGUGCUCCGUGUCACAGAGAACCCGUGGCGCUGUGAUUGUGCUCUCGGCUGGCUGAGAACUUGGAUCAGAGAGGAUGGCCAGCGUCUGUUGAGCUCUGCUGAACAGCGCCGGCUGAUGUGCUCUGAACCACCUCGCCUGUCCCAUCUCAGUUUGGUGGAGGUGGCUCCCAACAGCCUGGUCUGCAUUCCCCCCGUGGUGCAGUUGGAGCCAAGCCACCUGACUGUGCGACUAGGGGAAAGCCUGCGAGUCUCCUGCCAGGCCUCGGGGUACCCUCAGCCUCAGGUAACCUGGAAGAAAGCCUCCCAUGGCAAGCCCCAGUUGUCACCUCGAGGACUGGUUCAAGAGCUGGGACCCAAUGGUGAGCUCUUCAGGCCUGGGAGUGCUGGAGGAGUGGUGACAGCCCUGCCCAGUGGAGGGAUGAAGGUCAGAGGUGUGGGAGGAAUCCAGGGGCCUGUGCGAGGGACCGAGGAGGGCGGUGAGAGGGACAGCUUUGACCCCGACAUGGGCAGCGGAAUGCUGUUUCUUAGCAAUGUUACUGUAGCACAUGCUGGGCGCUACGAGUGUGAAGCCUGGAACCCUGGAGGUGUAGCUAAAGUCACCUUUCAUCUGGCUGUCAACAUGUCCUCUUCUUCGUAUUCAUCCCAGUUCUGGCCUCGUUUCAACACGCACUCCUUUGUCUCCUCUUCAUCUAACUCCUUCUAUCAGCCGGAGGUUCUGGAUGUCAGCCAGGAGCCGCUCUAUGAACAGGACAGCAUGGACUUCAACGCUCUUGGACCGGCUACACAGACGGCCAUCGCUGUCGGCAUCUCUUUGCUUGCACUCACCGCCGUCCUCCUCUUGAUCAUGAUCUACAGUCGUCACCAGCAGAUCCGCAAAGAAGAAGGCGGCUCCUUCUGUACAAGCAAGGAAGAGAGCAUCCUCUACGUGAACGAUUACUCUGAUGGACCCACCACCUUUGCGCAGCUAGAGGAGUACCGCGACGACCACGGCCACGAGAUGUAUGUACUCAACAGAACCAAGCCCGUCCCGGGUUCCGCGUCCUCCAGGUGUCCCAUGUUGAGCGGGUUCGUCCAGCAGAAAAGCAUGAAGGACGCUCUCCUCGACCACGAAAUGGUGCAGACACUGACCAGAUCAGGGGGGAUGGGGCUUCGCAGAAACCCAGCAGACGGAGGAGAGGGACCCCUGACAACAGACCCGGAGGAGCUUUUCCUCAGUCAGAGCCUCCUCUUCGGAUCGCAGGUUGCCUACGAGAUCCACUGCUAAAGGGAUUUAAUUAGGUUCUGACAAGAAAACACACGAUUAUGGACUUAAAGACAUAACUGGAAAUCACCUUGAUGCAAAGAUUCAAAGCAUCACAUAAUUAAAAAGGACAGUUAGUUAGUGGUUGCUGGGGAAAACCUGAUUCAGCCGCUCAGAGACUCUUAUCUGAUUGAUUGUAUUACUUUAAAUGGAACAGAGGCAUAAACAGGACCUGGAGUCAACCCUUUAAAGAUAGGUUAAAGUGGCUAACUUAUGAGAAACAGUGCAGCACAUAAGGGAACUGACAAAUGGAUUUUAAAAAAGUGACUCAUGUUUUGUACCUUUUGUUCUCUUUAGGUUUGUUUUCUGUGUUUUGUCUGUGUUUUGUGCAAUCUAAUAAAGCUAAAUUUCACUGUGAAGUACAGAUGUUUUGUGGACCCUGUUUCAGACCCCAUUAGAAUUAGACCUGAUCAGAUCCUCUAACUGAAACGACAUUGUCACUACAUAUACCCGUGAGCGGGCGGAGGUGGGUGGAUUUAAUUAAAGAGGUUUUUUUUAGAAUGCAGCUAAAAGUCUUUUGUUUAUAACAUUUCAUUGUAUUCCUUGAUGUUAACAUGUCAUGUUUUUCUACUCAUUUGUUUGCAACAAUAGACAAGGGAUUCAUGUUUCUGUUGUCUGAAAUUAAAUCUACGGUGGAAUUAACAUCCGUCUGUAACAAGAAUUUUAAUGUGAAUAUUGUAUAUUUUGUCUUUUGUUUCUAAUAAAAUGUAUUGAAAAAGA